CGAACUUGUCAGGGGCAAAAACGUAAAUGCAGCAAAACCCGGGACUCGGUGUGACUCGCAAUAAAUUCGGUCGUCUGAGUGAGGCUCGAGUUUACUUUUUCACUCACCUUUAAUUGAGGAAGGAAAGAAACAGCAUAUAAAAAAAAAAAAUCGAAAGGCUCUGCAAGCGCGUCUCUUCACUUUCAUCUUCUUCCUCCUCUCUCUCGCGUGGCUUCGGACGAGAGCCUGAAGAUGGCUUCUUCGUCUAUCUUAGACGUCCACUAUGAAGUUACGGACGAUGGGCUGCAAUACCAGACGCGGCACAGCAACUUGUCGAGGCUGUCUGUCUGCACAAGCUCCCUCCACGACGAAGAAGACGAUGUGGCGAACAAUGCAUCGGAGGUAGGUAUAUUCAUGUCGGGUUUGUCCCUGGAGAGUUUCGACGGAGCCGACGCCGACGAGGAAGUCUCCGAUGUGGACAAAGGACGAGGAAAAGAGCAGGGUGGGUCGUCGGAUUCCGAUAAAGAACCCGGAUUUUACUCGUUACCAUCGAGGUCGUCUCGCCGGAGAAGAAAACUUCCGGUGGCAGAUGGAUCGGUGGAGAAAAUGAGCGAGAACGAGAGGAAGAAGGAUGAGAGAAAAAAGGGUAAUAUCAGGAGGCAGAGGAGGGAAAGAAGGCCGCCAUGGAUGGUAAAGGAAAGGGCAGAUGAGAACAUGAACAGUGAAGUCGGAGUGGGAGGGAGCUUCACGGUGAUAACGAGGGCUAGGGGAGGGAAGAAGUCGAUGAGGAUGGGGUUGGAGGAAGUGAAGGCGUGUAAGGAUCUAGGGUUCGAGCUGGAUCAUGAGUGCACGGCAGUGGAGGUGGUUCCGGGUCGGGUCUCGGUGUCGGGCGGGUCGACCUUCGACACUCAGACCAGUAGCGGUGGCAACUCUCCCGUCGCCAGCUGGCGUAUCUCCGGUCCCGGAGAGGAUCCGAGGGAGGUUAAGGCGAGGCUGAAGAUGUGGGCGCAAGCCGUGGCUUUUGCUUCUGCCUCACGUUAUGCGUCUUAAUAAUCUUAUUUCCUUUUUUUUUUUUUUGGAACUUACAUGUUAGAAACCUAUCUAUAUUCCAAAGUUUUGUAAUUUUCGUUUUGGUUUGCGUUUGUAAAUACGAAAGAAAUAGUGAUGGAUUACAGCUUUUCAUUUCGCUGUGGUGCUUAAUAUAUAAUCAUUGUGAUCG